UGGAUCACGAUGAACUGCUCUAAACUUUCAGUCAAGCUCCGAGUGCCCCAGAGGUAUCUCAUCACCUUCAUCUGUGUUCUGGGCACGAUCAUCGCCUCCAUGAUGAAGUAUGCGGUUGGUAUCGCCAUAACUGAGAUGGUUGUACCUACUGCGUCAUCAUCAUCAUUUGACAACCCAGACCCUGAGGCAUGUCCCUACUUCAUAAAACUGUUGAAUCAAACUACGAGAGAUGCUGUACUGCAGACGGUUGAGGUCGGCCGGUUCGCCUGGAGUGAAAAGACCCAAGGUAUGAUCUUCGGCGCUCUCUACUGGACCUAUGUUCCUCUCCAGAUGCCCUCUGGCCUCCUGGUGGAGAGGGUCGGUCCAAGGUACCUCCUGGCCGCUGGGAUGUUACUCUCGUCCGUCAGCUACCUGGUCACCCCACUGGCAAUCGCUGCCUUUGACUCCGCAGGGUUCUUACUCGUCAGGGUGCUGUCUGGAGCGGGGCUGGCAACACUUUACCCAUGCCUCAACCUUCUUCUUGCCAAAUGGGUGCCUCCAUCAGAGAAAAGCAGACUUGGAUCCUUAGUCUAUGCAGGAGAGAAUAUUGGGUUCAUCCUGUCCAUGGCUUUAAGCGGGUUUAUCCUGGGGCAAUCUCAAGGCCAGUGGCCCCUGAUGUUCUAUGUGUACGGCGGAGCUGGUAUCGUCUGGACCCUGGUGUGGCUCAUAUUCGGCUACGACGACCCUAGCUCAAGUCCCUUCAUAACUGAAAACGAACGUAUCUACCUGGGGGAGUGCAUGCCUUUCAACCAUGGAAAGAAGUUGCCUCCAACACCCUGGGUGGGAAUGCUGACCAGUCUACCCUUGUGGGGCACCCUCAUUGCUCAGAUUGGACACGACUGGGGAAUCAUUUCCAUUGUCACUGAGUUGCCAAAGUACAUGAAGGAUGUAUUACACUUUGAAAUACAGGAUAACGGUCUCCUGACAGCCAUCCCCUACGCCGCCAUGACAGUUGUGGCUGUUGUCUCAGGAUGGGUAUCAGACUGGCUUCUACAUAACGACUACAUGUCUAUCACGUCCGUCCGUAAACUAUUUACAACAAUUGCCGCUGUAGGUCCGUCCAUUGGUCUAGUAGGAGCCAUGGCAUCUGGCUGUGACAGCACCAUGGUCGUGGCCAUGUUCACCCUCGGAAUGGCCCUCAUGGGGUUCUACUACCCCAGUCUGUCUGUGAACACCCUCGACCUCAGUCCCAACUACUCAGGGACCUUGAUGGGGUUCAUGGCUUUGGGAGGUCUUGGAGGCAUCUUCUCACCUUAUGUUGCUGGGCUUCUAGCACCUGAUGGUACAAUGCUGCAAUGGAGAUCGGUUUUCUGGGUGUCUGUGGUAGCGUUGCUAACCACCAAUACAUUCUACAUGUUGGUGGGAAGCGGGGAGGUGCAGCCUUGGAACUCGCCUAAGGAUGAGCAGAAGAAACGGAAUCUCAACAGAACACAAAUAGCCGGAGCAGUAUGAAGUCGUAAAGGAUAGAUCUUCACCGUUUACACAUAAUGAAAAAGAAGAAUGUGAUAAAAUAAUUGCGAUUGUAAGAUAAGUAAUUAUAAGAUAAAUGCACUAAAGUACUUCU